UUUCAUUAUCAAUUGUUAAUCAUUUUGCAAGAAAUACGUCGUGAUUUGUAAAUAUAAUCGCAGAAAUAUAUUAACAAUGUCUGGCCCUUAUAACUGGCAAAAUUCUGCAGAGCGACAAAAUACCGCGCAAUCUCAAUUAGUGGCAAAUACCUACGAUAUCCUCGAACGCACCUCCUCGAGAAUACAGCGAUCCAAUCAAGUUGCUAUCGAAACUGAACAGAUAGGCACCGAAGUAUUAUCAGAGUUAAAUGAGCAAAGGGAAUCUUUACUACGUUCAACGCGACGGCUUCAAGACGCUGACGCAGACAUUGUACAAUCAGGAAGCGUUAUAAGAAAAUUGCGUCGCGAAGUUCUUUAUAACAAAUUAAUUUUAGUGGUCAUUAUAAUUUUGGAAGUGUGUAUAUUAGCUGGAUUGUGCGUGAUCAAAUUUGUGCGUUUUUAGUUUUUCUUAUUAAUAAGGCAAAAGAAGUGAAUGCUCGUAUAAUGGAAACCAUAAAAGUAACUCGUUCGAAAAACAGUUGGGUCUACUUGUGUCGAAAUAAUACAGAAUUAAACUGGGUAGUCUCUUUUAAAUUAUCUCACAGUUAAACUAUGUAAUCGCAGCAGAACCAUGUUUUUCACCCAGUCAAGGUCUCACCUUGGCGAAAUUCCACCACUACAAAAAUGUUUGGUGAAUGUUUUAAGUCACUAUAACAAAAAGAUCAAAGUAGGAUCAACUAACUCAAUUGAAAUCUUACAAUUCAUUACACACAACUCUUGUUUUAUUUAACAUUUAUGUAAAUAACAAUUUGCCUAGAGCAUAAGCUAAACAAAUAUUUCUGAGUGCGUUUACGAUAAUAGUAGUGCAGCAGUUCUAAGUAAUAAGAAUUUGUAUAUGUAUUAAAUAACAAUUAGUAAUCAAUAAACAUACAGACGUACAUAUAUAUCUAUGGGUGUAUAUUCAAAUCCAAUUAGUAAUAUUGUAUAAAUGAUAUAUGCAUUUGUAUGUAUGCAGUUAUGUAUAUUUAUAGUAUGUACAUAAUAAAUGAUAAACGUAUUAUUCGA